AUGUUUCUGAAGGCGACGCUAGAGGGGCUUUUUGCCGCCCUCGACCGCGUCCACUCCAAGCACAAUCUCGUGGUCAUCGAUAAGACACUCGCUCCAUUAAUCAACCAAUUGACUCCCGUGUCCACUUUGAAAAGCAAAGGAAACAUUGACCGACUCGUAUGGCUCCAACAGGACCUCGCUACCGAUACCAGUAUUGAAAAUGCCACCGCCAUCAUCGUUAUCAUCGCCGACUCCAGUGAUAUCACACCAAUAAUACCGUUGGCGAAAUACCGACUUCAUAUAGUUGUGGCAAACAUGCUGCUUUCGACGUUGGCGAUGAUAAACGAUGCUAUGAAUGGCCGACUUAACGACGUGCUCAGUUUAACCCCGCUGGCGCCGAUGUACUCGUGUCUGGCUAAAUGUAAGGUCUACCCGUGGAAAGUGUACCCUAUUGCUACUACUGGAACUACUACUGAAGACCUGGUGACGGUGUUGGAGGGUUCAUUUGACGACUAUGUCCAUAACCCAUUACGCCAAUUAAACCAGUUAUCUCAAGCGGUGGUCGACGUCAGCUUCCCUCCCGAUGCUGCCAUACCCCGCUACAAAUUCCGCAAUCGGUUUGCUAAAGGAACCCACGCCGAAGCGUUAGUAAAGCUCAUUGACGAAGUAUCCAUGCCCGCGGAACUUGCGCGGCGACUACAGCCGACAGAACAAGAGUUCUAUCAUAACCAUCAGCACGCCGAUACCGACUUGGUGGUGAUAGACCGCAGCGUUGACUGGACGCCGGUGUGGUUGGACCAGGUGACAUAUGAAGGGCUCAUUGACGAAGUGUUUGGCGUCAAGUAUAACCAGGUGCAAAACGAACCGUACGCGGUGCCUGACGACGUGGGGAGUGUUUCGUUUAGUGAAGAUAAGCUCUUUGACGCUCUAGCGCUGUAUAACUUCCUGAUGGUGGGGCCUACUUUAAACAAAAUGGCUCGCGACGUCCAGGCGCAACAGCAGGAGAUGAGGGUCGACUCCCACGAUAUCUCGCAGAUGAAACGCGUGGUGCUGCUGUUGGGUCUGUUGCUGCAACAGCAACACUUGAUUAAACGGCAUACCACGCUCGCCGAGCUGAUAUUGCUCCAUAUGGAUACGGAGUUCUUACGGUUUGAAACUGAGCUUUUUGACGGCGAAUAUGCCGACCAUAUUAAUCAAUUACACCAGCUCUUGUGGCAACAAGUGCUGUGGGACCGAGCGGUGGCGGCGGUGGUGCUUAUUCUGCUGGUUAACGACGGUAUUCGUCCUAGGGAUUGGGAAUGGUUCCGCACUGAGUUUAUCGAUAAUUACGGCACCGACCACUUCCUCGUGCUUGAGCUGGUAGUCAGCCAUGGUUUAGUGGCGAUUAAAGAGGAUAACGACUUUUUGACGACGUUUACUCGGGGCAAAGACGUCAAACCGGCGGAACUGGUGGUGGCGCCGCUGGCGCGUGUGGGCAUCACUGGCGCCGAACUGCUUGCCGUAAGUAACUAUAAGCUUGUGGAUAAGUUCUGGAACCUCCACCCUAACGAUGUUGACGAUAAUGAGGAGGUUGGUGGUGCAAUGGCGGCGGAUAGUAUCGGCACUGAUUACCCGCUGCCGGGGUUUGCUUUACCAGGAAACACUGUCCCCGUGGCUCUCCGGCUUGUGGAAUCACUCUAUAACCGAUCUUUCCUCACUUAUAAGCCCGUGCCCAAUACCAAAAAGCGUCCCAAUUGGCACCAAUUAGGCGUCAACCAGUUCUGGAAAGGGCCCGUCGUCGACGACGGCAGCGACGGUGAAACCACCACGACGGUAGUGGUGAUGGUCGGGGGCAUUACCUACGGCGAGCUCGCCACGUUUAAAUGGCUAGAACAACGAUUACACCGCAAAUUCGUCGUCAUCGCCCCGGAGGUGAUUAACCGGCGACGGGCCAUGGGUGGCUUUUCCUGA